AUGAAAAGAGCCAGUAUAUUUUUUUUGCUUUCCAUAUUUUUUAUUUUUAAGUAUACUCAAUCAAGUGACAUACCUUUAAAUGAAUUAUCAGAAAGUAGAGAAAAUGAAACAGAUAACCAUUUAGAAACCACAGAUGUAGACCAACCUGAUGAAAAUGAAGCUGAAAAUGAAGAUGAAAAUGAAAAUGAAGAUGAAAAUGAAGAUGAAAAUGAAGAUGAAGAAGAUUCAUUUGAACAUUCCGAAAUUUUUAACAUCUUAAGAGAAAAUAAUGAAGAUAUUGAGGAUUCAAAUCAACCAGAUGAAGUAAAUGGUGCAACUUCAAAUGAAGCAAAUGCUACAAACCCUUUAGAUGAAGUUAGAGAUCCAAAUAGACAUCAUAAUGACCAUAAUAAAAUAAUAUCAAAUAUAGAAAAUUAUGCAAAUUUUGAUAAUAUUGAUACAGAAACUUUACAAGAAAGUAUAAAUAAUAUGAUGGAGACAGAAGGUAUGUCUGAUAUAAUUCAAUUUUAUUUUGAAAAUAGAGACGGAAAUAUAGAUAAUAAUCAACUAAUUGAACAAUUACAAAAACUUAAUAAUAAUAAAGCACUAUUAAAAAAUAUCAGACAAUUUUUAAUUGAUAAUUAUAGUGUAAUAAAACGUUACAAUCUUUUAAGCGAGGCACAAUCAUUCAAAAAUUUUGAAUCCUUAGCUGAAUCAUCAUUGAAAAUCAUAGAUCAAAUGAUUAAUGGUGAAUUGAAUAAAGAUACAGAAUAG